AUACCACAGCUUCUACUCCCAUUCCCACUCUUCCACAGACCACCGUACAGCAAGUGAAAAGCCAUAGCCGACUAAACCAUGGCGAUGCUCUCAACAUCUCUCUCCGGCCCCAAAUCAGCUAUUUCAUAUUCAGCUCCUCAUUUCUCCGGUCUCCGCCGAUUAUGCACUAAGCUCGACGCCACCAACUCUCACUCUUCCUUUCUCCCUAAUUUCAAUUCUCAACUCCGCUGUUCUUCUCCUCGCAAACCUUCCAGACACGUCGUCGCCAUGGCGGGCACUGGAACGUUCUUUGUUGGGGGGAAUUGGAAGUGUAAUGGGACAAAGGAAUCUAUCACUAAGCUUGUUUCUGACUUAAAUGAUACAAAAUUGGAGACUGAUGUAGAUGUUGUUGUAGCACCUCCCUUUCUUUACAUCGAUCAGGUAAAGGCUUCUUUAUCAGAUAGAAUUGAGAUAUCUGCUCAAAAUUCCUGGGUUGGAAAAGGUGGGGCAUUCACAGGAGAAAUCAGCGUGGAACAACUGAAAGAUAUUGGCUGCAAGUGGGUUAUUCUUGGGCAUUCCGAGCGCAGGCAUAUAAUUGGUGAAAACAAUGAGUUUAUAGGAAAGAAGGCUGCUUAUGCCUUGAGCCAAGGCCUUGGUGUGAUAGCUUGUAUUGGUGAACUUUUAGAAGAAAGAGAGGCAGGGAAAACCUUUGACAUUUGUUUUGAACAAUUGAAGGCAUUCGCAGAUGCUGUGCCCAGUUGGGAUAAUAUAGUUAUUGCAUAUGAGCCUGUAUGGGCUAUUGGGACUGGAAAAGUGGCCACACCUCUGCAAGCUCAGGAAGUGCAUAUAGCUGUCCGUGAUUGGCUUAAAAAGAAUGUCUCAGAAGAAGUGGCAUCCAAAACGCGUAUCAUCUAUGGAGGAUCUGUAAAUGGAGGCAAUUGUGCUGAACUUGCGAAGCAAGAGGAUAUUGAUGGUUUUCUUGUUGGUGGUGCAUCCUUAAAGGGCCCUGAAUUUGCAACCAUUAUCAAUUCUGUAACAUCCAAGAAAGUUGCUGCUUGAUUAUGCAUACUGGUCUUGGCAAUUCAAACAAAUAAAGGGCAAACAGAGAAUACUACAGUUUGAAGCUUAUCAUAAUCAGCAUAUGAGCUAGUCAGGAUAGAUGGAGUUCUGAUUAUUAAUCCAUUUUUAUUAACUUUCUGCAAGAUAGAAAUAAUCCUUUCACUUGUAUCUGUAUUUGUAAAAUGGAACUACCGAUUAUGAAUCAAGUUGAUGCCAUAAUCUCAGUGAUCAAUUUCUUAAUUGAUCAAUUUAGUUAUUCUGAAAAUAAAUAAAUAAA